AUGAAUCAUCAAUCACAUAUUCAUGCUAACAAGCCUCCCGCUUCCAACUUUUGGAGACGAGUCGGUAUAGAUGCCAUGGCAGCCACGACUGCCAGUGCCUUGGUUUCUCCUUUCAUCCUUACCAUCGACCGUUCGAUCGUCGAAAACACGAGUGGUCGCAGCUCUCUCUUGCAGUCGGUCGCCCAUUCCUUCAAACGCAUCCUUUCCCGUCCCCAUUCCUUUAUUUUUAGCCUUCCUUUUGCCCUUGUCUUUUCCAUUUAUUCUGGCACGUAUAUGACGGCUAAUACUAUCGAUACCAUAGACAACAUUCGUUAUAAUAAUCCCGUGUUUAAGGCUGAAACAACGGGUUUUGUAAAAUUCACCUCCGUCACUGCUGCCAAUAGUGGUCUCUCUAUUCUCAAAGAUAGCUUUUUCACAAAAUUCUGGGGCACCGGUACUCCUCGUCCUCUUGGUUGGCAAAGUUAUGGCCUUUAUGGUCUUCGUGAUGCCCUGACCAUUGCAUUCUCUUUUAACGUUCCACCCAUGAUUGCUCCCUACUUGCCCGGUGGUCUUGUUACCGCUCAAUUGGCUACGCCCUGUAUUGUGCAAUUAGUUAGCACUCCCCUCCAUUUGAUGGCUCUCGACAUUUACAACCGUGGCGGUCCCAACAUUAGUGUUGCAAACCGCAUCGCCCAAAUUCGGAAGAACUUAUUGAAAAGCACUUUUGCCCGUGUCGUUAGAAUCCUCCCUGCCUUUGGAUUUGGCGGCGUUACCAAUCGCAAACUUCGCACUACUUACUUGGAUGCUCUUCAGGAGCGUACCCGUAAAUCUCAGCAGCUUGCUAAUGCUUAA